UGGUUAAUCGAACCAAUUUCCCAUCGCAUGUAUGAUGUAACCCAAGACAAAUAUAAUGUUUUGUUGCUUAAAUUGAACGUUCUCUGGAUCCUUCUUGUUGAUGUUUUUGAUUCUUUUCACAGAAACUUUUGAUCUUUGAUCACGGAUUUAUCUCUUAUUCAUGCAAGAACAUGAACAAUCUUAAGUUGGCAAGAUCUAGAAAGAGCUAAUGAUCCAAGCUAGUAUAGAAAGUUAAUGGGGAAUCAUUGUACAAGAAUUCCUUGUUGUAAAAAGGUGUGUUCAUGUAUCUGCUGUUGCAACAGAAGGAACAAGACUCAAGCUAGGAGCCAGAAAGGGUCCUACUUUAUAAAAGGGAAGGUCCAUCCGGUAAGUAGAAUGGAGAAGUGGGAGGAGAAGAUCACAGAAGCUAAUAGUCAUGGCAAAAUUCUUGUAGUGAAUUUCAAGGCUUCGUGGUGUUUACCUAGUAAAACAAUAUUACCAAUAUACCAGGAGCUUGCAUCCACAUACACCUCAAUGAUAUUUGUCACUAUAGACGUCGAAGAGCUCGCUGAGUUUAGUCAUGAAUGGAACGUGGAUGCAACUCCAACAGUAGUGUUCCUUAAAGAUGGGAGGCAAAUGGAUAAACUUGUAGGUGGAGAUGCUGCAGAGCUUCAGAAGAAAACUGCAGCAGCUGCAAAUCUCCUUCUUAGACAAUCUUAACGUUUUUUCUAGUUUCCAUGUCAGAAAAUUAUCCAAAUAAAAAGUUGACCAGUAUUUAUAUGCAGAUCAUGUUGGUAUCACUGAGAUUUUUGUUAUUAACUUUGAUGCACUCUUGUAGUGUUAAUCUCAAUCAACCAAUAUUAACUUUUCUGACUCC